AUGAAGCGGGCUCUGGCUCUGAUGGGCCUGGCCUUCCUGUGUGUGCUCCGGGCUGGGGCCGCUCAGCAGACGGUGGACGACGCCUGCUCCGUGCAGAUCCUCGUUCCCGGCCUCAAAGGGGAUGCUGGUGAGAAGGGGAACAAAGGUGCCCCAGGACGGCCCGGAAGAGUCGGCCCCACGGGAGAGAAAGGCGACGUGGGCGAUAAAGGACAGAAAGGCAGCGUGGGGCGCCACGGGAAGAUCGGCCCCAUUGGCUCCAAAGGUGAAAAAGGAGAUUCUGGUGACAUAGGACCCCCUGGCCCUAAUGGAGAACCAGGCAUCCCAUGCGAGUGCAGCCAGCUGAGAAAGGCCAUCGGGGAGAUGGACAACCAGGUCACCCAGCUCACAGCUGAGCUGAAGUUCAUAAAGAACGCCGUCGCUGGGGUGCGCGAGACGGAGCAGAAGAUGUACCUGCUGGUGAAGGAGGAGAAGCGCUACGUGGACGCGCAGCUGGCCUGCCAGGGCCGGGGCGGCACGCUGAGCAUGCCCAAGGACGAGGCCGCCAAUGCGCUGCUGGCCGCCUACAUCACGCAGGCCGGCCUGGCUCGCGUCUUCAUAGGCAUCAACGACCUGGAGAGGGAGGGCGCGUUCGUCUACGCGGACCGCUCGCCCAUGCAGACCUUCAGCAAAUGGCGCAGCGGGGAACCCAACAAUGCCUAUGAUGAGGAGGACUGCGUGGAGCUGGUGGCCUCAGGGGGCUGGAACGACGUGGCCUGCCACCUCACCAUGCACUUCCUCUGCGAGUUUGACAAGGAGCACGUGUAG